AGGGUUCACACAGAGGAGACUGGUACUUUCCUAAUGGGACACGACUUCCAUUCAGUACCGAUUCUCCUACACCAGCUGUUGGUGAGAGUCGAGGUGACCAAAGGGUUGAUCUUCGCCGUAGGACACAGGGUACAUCUGGUAUAUAUCGCUGCGACAUACCAACCAAUGAAGUUCAUGAUGACUCUGAUAGUAGUGUACGAGAUACAGUAUAUGUUGGACUCUAUCUCAAUGGAGGAGGUGAUAUCACAGUAACUGAGAUCAAAACAAAUUUAGAGAUCAUGCAUAGUUGCAUUUCCCAACUCAUCCUCACCUGUAUCUCCACUGGUGGACCUGCUACUACUGUCACUUGGACCAGAGACUCCACCACUGUCACCCAAGGAACAACUGAGACUGUGUUGAAUGACCCAGUGACUGCACAGUACACCCACACUCUGACUGUGACUGGGACUCUGGUGGGAGGAAACUACACAUGUACUGUGUCCAAUAACAAGCCAUCCAGUAACUCAUCGAGUAUCAUAGUUAGCUGUAAGUACAGUUGUAAUAGGGAUGAUAACGGUACACAUUGUUGGUUCAUUUGGCUAUUCCAGUUCCAUCCCCAACUAAUCUGAUGCUGGAGCAAAAUAAUGAGACAAGCAUCAAUGCAUCAUGGAGUCCACCUCCUCAGUCUGCAAACAUUACUGGAUACAGAGUGUUCUGGACUCAGUGCACCUCCUCUGACUGUAUCAACCAACCAGUGUUUACUUCCUCAACAGUUGAAACACUGACAGGCUUGAUGGUAGGGCAGUGCUACAGUGUGUAUGUGGUUAGUGUUUCAGAUCUCCCAAGUAAUAUUACAACCCGCAAUAUAACUUUAGUUACCAAUCCAGGUAGUUUCAACAUUGAUGUGGCAUCUACUAGCCAUGGUUUCUCAUUGAUGAUAAACCUUAGUAACUAUGUAGAAAAUGGGAUCUAUCGUAUUAUGUCCAAUGUGACUUGGUUGAGAUUUUUGCACUGUAACAAUGGCCUCGGAAGCUCUAACAUUACUGACCAGACAUAUGAUGUGAAUCCAAUGAAUCUAAGCAUCACUGGACUAGUUCCUAACAGUAAAUACAAUGUCACAGUGGUGGUAGGUAAUGCUGUGGGAAGAAAAACAGAGAGUGUUCUUAAUGAGACCCGGGCAGCAGCACCAUCUGCCCCACCACAAGACAUAGUGGCAGUAAACCAGACACUCUUCACCAUCACCAUCAGUUGGAAGCCUGUUGACUGUGCCCAUCAGAAUGGGAAUAUCAGGGGUUAUAAAAUAAAGUAUUGGGAAAGGGGGAGUGGAAAUGAAACAAAGUUGGAUGGAAACACAACUGGAACUAGUUACACACUAACAGGCCUGCAGUCUUCAACAACAUAUGUGAUUCAAGUGGCAGCAAAGAACGAUGCCGGUGUUGGAGUUUUUGGAAACUUGAACGCUUCAACGUUGCCAUUUGAAGUUAGUGUGGCCUCGACUACAAUUGGCGUAACAUUGGGCCAAGUGGAGAAUGAUGUGCUAAUCACAUGGAACAGGACUUCAAGUCAAUGUGUAGAUAAUGGCAAAAGUUUCAAAACUCAUCAUUUAUCUAACAGCACCAUGUACAUGAUACCUGCUCUGGAAGAGUAUACCGAGUACAAUAUCACAGUCUGCAUCAAUAACUCCACUUGUGCUUUUAGUAUUGUGACAACUAAUCAGGAUGCUCCAUCUGCAGCUCCAGAAAAAAUAAAACUAAAAGAGAAGUCUUCAGCAAGUAUUACUAUCAUGUGGAGUCCAGUACCUUGUGAUCAUCGUAAUGGAAACAUCACUGGAUAUGUGGUAAUGUUCAGAAAACUUGACAAUGGAAUUUCGCUGAAGCACAGAAGAGCAGAGGAAGCGCAAUGGAGUACAUGAUAUCUGGAUUAGAACCAUCGACUGAGUAUGAGAUUCAAGUAGCUGCAUUCACGAUUGCAGCUGGACCCUUCACUAAUGAUAGCUUGCUUGCUAGCACCUUAGACACUAGAGAAGGUGGCAGUGAUGUUGGUGGAGUAGUGGCUGGUGUGAUAGUUUCUCUCCUCUUCAUUAUUGGAGCCACUCUGUGCAUCAUUGCUGCUAUCUGGCUAAUGAGAAGGUGGAUCUCUGUAUACGCAUGUGCACUUGGGAUGUUUUUUCAUAAUUAUACCAUGUUGUGUGUGCUCUGUAGGAAAAAGUCAACUUUGAAGGGUCUUUUCUCAAUGGGUCACUUUAAAGUCACCCGCAAACGAAGAACCUCGCCACACUCUAGAGAUACACAAGACAUUUCUCUAGACCAGCUUUCCACUGGAGAGAGUCUGGCAGGUGGAGAGCUAUCCUCUGAGAAAGAUGAAGUCAAAACACACUUUCCAGUCUCACUCUG